GAGUGUGGUUAAUACCACUGAACUGUACCCUGAAAAGUGGGGAGCCCGCCCGUCAUGUCCAGGUGAGACAGAGGGGCGCCGUACUGAACAUGCUUAGGAGGCUGGACAGGAUCAGGUUCAGAGGCCACAAGAGAGAGGACUUCCUUGACCUAGCAGAGUCCCCAAAUGCCUCGGACACUGAGUGUGGAGACGAGCUCCCUCUGAAGAUCCCUCGGACCUCACCCCGGGACAGCGAGGAGCUCAGGGACCCUGCUGGUCCAGGGACCCUCAUCAUGGCUGCAGGGGUCCAAGACUUUAGCAGGACAGAGUGUGAUCGGCUGAAUGAGAUCAAGGGUCACCUGGAAAUCGCUUUACUGGAAAAACACUUCCUACGUGAGUAUCAGAAUGUGCUUGUAGGGGACAAGCCACUGCAGAGGUGGGGAUGAACUGGAAUGCUAACUUGCUGACAUGUUCUCAGGAGCUCUCCUGGGCACAGGCGUGGGGACAGGCAUGGGCCUGUGUGGCUCUUCACACUUGGAAGUCCCUGAACCACCCUUUGCUCCUGAUUGUGUCUCCUACUUGCUACUUUAUGAAGCCCAACCCUGGACUGUGAUUGGCGCAUGGGGUGAGGGAGUUUCAGGGGCAAAAAAAUGAAAUGUUCCCUGAAAGUUUGGAUUACUUUAGAGAAUCUGGCACAGAGGUUUUCAACAGUUAACUUAGGAUU